GGCGAGCUCGUGCCCAGCGCGCGGUGGCGGCGGGCGAUGGCGGCGCCGGGCUGGGAGCGGGCGCUGCGGCUCGGGCUCUGCGCGCUGGGGUUGGCGCUCUCCGUGUACGCGCUGCACGUGGAGAGCUCGCGGGAGCGGGACCCCGGCUACCGGGCCAUGUGCGACCUGAGCCCCUCUGUCAGCUGCUCCAAGGUCUUCACCUCCAGGUGGGGCCGUGGCUUUGGCUUGGUGGAAGAUCUCCUGGGGAAACACAGCGUCUUUAAUCAGCCCAACAGCUUAUUUGGCAUCGUCUUCUACAUCCUACAGACACUGCUGGGCUUCACUCCCAGCACCCUGGCGGCCGUCACCCUGCUGGGCACCUCCCUGGUCUCCAUCGCCGGCUCGCUCUACCUGGCCUACAUCCUCUUCUUCGUGCUCCACGACUUCUGCCUGGUGUGCGUCACCACCUACCUGCUCAACGGCGCCCUGCUCCUCCUCAACUACCAGCGUCUGGUUGGCCUGAGUGGGAGCGGGCCACGCCGCGCCAAGCCCAAGGGGCAGUGAGCAUGGCUGAGGGAGCCCCGGCCCAGCCCCCUCCUGGAGCUGCAGUUGCGACCGCGAAGCCUCUUUGUAUAGGAGCUAGGGGCCCAUCUAGCACGGUAUCCUGCCCCCUCUGUGCCAAACCAGAUCAGACCCUGGGUCCUUCACCCUUUAAACACAAACUGAGGCCAUUUCUGGCUUAACCAAAAUACUGGUAUCAUGUGGGUUAAAAUAGUUACGUGACGCACA